CCUGGGUUUGGCUGCCUCUCCCUCUCACAGUGCUAUCCCUGCCCCAGGUCUCCCAGUGGCAAUUCCAAAUCUGGGUCCCUCCCUGAGCUCUCUGCCUUCUGCCUUGUCUCUGAUGCUCCCCAUGGGCAUUGGAGAUCGAGGGGUGAUGUGUGGACUACCUGAAAGAAACUAUACCCUACCUCCACCGCCGUACCCUCACCUAGAGAGCAGUUACUUCAGAACUAUUCUACCUGGCAUUUUAUCCUAUUUAGCUGACAGACCACCUCCUCAGUACAUCCACCCCAACUCUAUAAAUGUUGAUGGUAAUACAGCAUUGUCUAUCACCAACAGUCCUUCAGCUCUAGAUCCCUAUCAGGCUAAUGGGAAUGUUGGAUUAGAAUUAGGUGUUGUUUCAAUAGACUCUCGCUCUGUGAACACACAUGGUGCCCAAAGUCUUCAUCCUAAUGAUGGCCACGAAGUGACACUGGACACAACAAUCACUAUGGAGAAUGUUUCUAGGGUUACCAGCCCAAUCUCUACAGAUGGAAUGGCAGAGGAGCUUACAAUGGAUGGUGUUGCAGGAGAACAUUCACAAAUCCCAAAUGGCUCCAGAAGUCAUGAAACACUCUCUGUGGAUUCUGUGAGCAACAGCCUUACAGCAGACACUGUAGGACAUGGUGGGGUGAUCCCCAUUCAUGGGAAUGGUUUGGAGCUUCCUGUGGUCAUGGAGACAGACCACAUUGCAAAUCGGGUCAAUGGGAUGUCUGACAGUGCUCUCAGUGACUCCAUCCACACGGUGGCCAUGAGCACCAACUCUGUAAGCGUGGCACUCUCUACCUCACACAAUCUUGCCUCCCUAGAAUCUGUCUCUCUUCAUGAAGUUGGCCUAAGCCUAGAGCCUGUGGCUGUCUCUUCCAUCACGCAGGAGGUUGCCAUGGGGGCAGGUCAUGUAGAUGUCUCCUCAGACAGCUUGGCUUUUGUACCACCUUCACUGCAAAUGGAAGACUCCAAUUCAAACAAGGAAAACAUGGCAACCUUGUUUACAAUUUGGUGCACUCUCUGUGACCGAGCCUACCCCUCAGACUGCCCUGAUCAUGGACCAGUGACUUUUGUUCCUGACACACCAAUAGAGAGCAGAGCAAGGCUGUCCCUCCCCAAGCAACUUGUUCUCCGCCCGUCCAUUGUAGGGACAGAAAUUGUUGGUGUCCUUCCUUUGAUAGGUGUAUGGACUGCAGAAACCAUUCCUGUGCGCACUUGCUUCGGGCCUCUAAUUGGUCAGCAGAGCCACUCCAUGGAAGUAGCAGAGUGGACAGACAAGGCAGUUAAUCAAGUCUGGAAGAUACACCAUAACGGUGUCCUAGAAUUCUGCAUCAUUACAACUGAUGAAAAUGAGUGUAAUUGGAUGAUGUUUGUGCGCAAAGCCAGGAACCGUGAAGAACAGAAUUUAGUGGCUUAUCCCCAUGAUGGAAAAAUCUAUUUCUGUACCUCACAAGACAUCCCUCCUGAAAAUGAGCUGCUUUUCUAUUAUAGCCGGGAUUAUGCCCAACAGAUGGGUGUUCCUGAGCACCCAGAUGUACACCUCUGUAAUUGUGGAAAAGAGUGCAAUUCCUAUUCAGAGUUCAAAGCUCAUCUAACCAGCCACAUCCAUAGCCAUCUCCCUGGCCAGGGCCACAGCAGCAACCAUGGGCCAAGCCACAGCAAGGAAAGGAAGUGGAAGUGUUCCAUGUGCCCCCAGGCUUUUAUCUCUCCUUCCAAGCUCCAUGUUCACUUUAUGGGUCAUAUGGGCAUGAAGCCCCACAAGUGUGACUUUUGUAGCAAGGCUUUUAGUGAUCCAAGCAACCUACGGACACACCUUAAAAUACAUACAGGUCAGAAGAAUUAUAGGUGUACUUUGUGUGACAAGUCUUUCACCCAGAAGGCUCACCUGGAGUCACACAUGGUCAUCCAUACGGGCGAGAAGAAUCUCAAAUGUGAUUACUGUGACAAGCUGUUCAUGCGGAGACAGGACCUCAAACAACAUGUGCUUAUCCACACACAAGAACGCCAGAUCAAGUGUCCGAAGUGUGAUAAACUGUUCUUGAGAACAAACCACUUGAAGAAGCAUCUUAAUUCUCAUGAAGGAAAACGAGAUUAUGUCUGUGAGAAAUGUACAAAGGCUUAUCUAACCAAGUACCAUCUCACUCGCCACCUGAAGACCUGCAAAGGGCCCACCUCCAGUUCCUCAGCACAGGAGGAGGAGGACGACGACUCUGAUGAUGAUCUCACAGACUCCAUGAGGACAGACGACUGUAGGAUGAGCAGUGCUGUUUACUCAGCGGAUGAGUCUCUCUCCACACACAAAUAAAACUGCUUUGGAUGGGCCAUGCAUUGGGAAAACACAAAACCAACUCAACUGCAGAGGUUUUGAUGUGGAAUGCUUCUUGAUCUUUCCAGCCCACUGUCAAAAGUGGACUGAGCGGGAAUAGCUAAAGCACUUACUGAAGAAUAUCCAAAUGGAUUCUUUGAGAUGGACUGGAGAUAAGGCAUGUGUCUGUCUUACUUUUAAGUAAUGGUUGGAGAGGAAAGGGCCAGCCUCUGAUACCUGUUCUUUACUUAUAUAGUAAUUUGGGAGAUGUGUUUAUACCUGAGUCAACGUGGCCUUUUCUUCAUACAAACCAGGUUUAUCUCACAUUGUUCCAUUUUUUUUCCCCUCCAGCCAAUGUGACUUGACCCCAGCCAUCCCCACUGUUGACCACAUAUUAUGCACUGUAAGGUAUGCAUUUCACAGAGAGAAUUGCAGCACAGCAGUGCCAGUAUUCAGUGACUAAUUCAUUAUAAAAAAAACAAAGACAGAAAGUAAUAUCUUCUGGCCACUGAGAGUUAAGAUACUGUUUCCCCAUCACAGCAGGUGUUGAGGGGGCAGGUAAAGAAGCAGUCAUAGGUCAGAGGACAGUGACUGGUAGAGGAAAAGGCCCAGAAAAGCACCUUCAAUGGAAGCCAGUCGCUAACCUGGUUAUGUAUACACACACGGCUUUGCAGUCUAGACAUGUCUGUCUUCAGGAAAGCCUUUCCAUCAUUCAGAGAGUACCUGAAACUAACAGUGUCCAAAUAAUGCCUGCUGCGUAGUCUCCUGUCAGCAAGUGUACAUGGACUUCCCUGACAAGACUGUACUUCAGCCUACAGGAGGGAGGAAGGCAAUGAGCUUUUAAGUAGGUUUACUUUAUGAAAACCAUUAAAAUGUUGCUGCCUGAAAGCAACAUGUAGAUCCAAAUGCAUUGGUGGGUUUCAGUUAUGCUUUCCCAGUUGUCUUCCUUGCUAAAGGUCCUCACCAGCUAAGUGUAGAGGAUAGCAAAGGAUCUGGAAGACAGAGGCUAUCAGUGUCACCAUUUGGGUCUGUUUUCAGGGCCCUGUGAGCAGGCAUAGCCAGCUUUUGGCAAGAAGCAGAAACAUCUGAAGUUGACAGGAUUGAUAGAACAUGUCUUCCUGCUCAAGAGUACAACCUUCCUUGACUUGAGUAGAGGAAGGACUCUGCUGGGAAGGUUUUGCUGCUAAUGUAUUUAUGGGGUGAAUGUCUGUCAUUCAAAUCUGUAUUCCUUUAGGAAGAAUUAAAAUUUUUUUAAUGAAAAUAUGAAAUUUCUCAAUCUUUUGUGGAGGAAGGACUCAAAGGUUAAAAGACAAUCAAGCUUCCUAAUUGUUUCUGUGUAAGGGUGCUUAAAUGAAGUACACUACUGGGAGUUGUAGCCUCUCCUGCCAUCAUCUUAGGGCAGGGCCUUUAUUGUCCUCUUGGAAACUAGCAGGUCUACAACUGAAGGCAGGUGCUGUGGGUGGCUAUGGGUGGCAUAAAGCCUCGCUCAUCACCAUAAGCGAUCAAAGUAAUUUGUCCCCCUUUUCAGGAGCAUACGUGUGAUUAAACUCCUUUAUUGCCCCAAAGCAAGAGGAAAGGCAGGAAACCCUUGCUAUGUGGGUGUAUUGUUUAGUGUUGCUUCUACAUUUAACCUCCUGAGUUUAAGUGGCACUGUCUUUUGACAGAACUUAAAGAGUUCUCUGCACGAGGUCUUGUCCACUAUUGCUGCUGGGUCAGUGGCUACACGGACAGGCAGUAAAUGUGGGCUCUGGACCCAGCUGAAAGUUCUCUGGGAUUUACUGCAGGAUGACAGUUUGGACCUUAGCCUAAUUAUACAACCUAGUGAGCCCUUAGGUGUCACUGAUUUUUUUUUUUUUCAAGUUGAUAAACAUCCUGAGAUAAAUUGCAUACAUAAUAAAAACCCAGGAAGUCCUAAGCCCUGGAAGUUAGAAUAAUUUUAAUGGGCUAAAGCCUAGAAACAUCCAUGAUGCCUUGAUUUUUUUUUUUUUUUUUUUUUUUUUUAAUGCUUGGUGGUUCCUUAAGUGAGUUGCUCAUACUUUUAUGUGUGCUGAGCUGAGGUUCAGAGUGACAUUAGAGGCAGCAUGUCAUAGCCUGGGUCUUACCAGCCUUUUUAGACAAUGACCUGUGUACAAAAUAGGCAAUAAGUGUUCUUUUACCUGUUCUUUUUACAUAGAAACAGUAUCCCAGCUGCUUUCAAUCUGCCAGUUAUACGAUCUUACAUCCCAUCAACCUGCCUCCUAAGGAUGACCUCUCUGUAUAUACACAGCCAGUGUUUAUAUGGAUUAAACUGUCUUUCCUA